CGCGUCGUCUUCUCCUCACACUUGUUCUAUCCGGGGGCUUUCGAUUUUGCCUUUGAAGUUUAUUGACACUGUACUUCUACAUACAUAGUCAAGGAGAAGUCAGAAUAAAGCAGUCAUGGGGUUGUUCAACAAGAAGGAGACUACAGAGUCUCCUGUUAUUACCGACAAGCACCUCAGCAGCGCAGAGGGAACUCCAGCAGCACACACACCAGCCGAUACUCCUCGUGUCGCCAGAUCCUUAAAUGGUUCUGCACCAGAGCAUCAUGAUAUAGCGCCUGAGGAAGCUCUCGACAACUUGCCUGUCACCAAAUUAGCUAUUAUGCUUGGUGCUAUCGCAUCUAUCGGUGGUUUCAUGUUCGGGUAUGAAUCUGGUCAAAUUUCUGGUUGGUCUCUUCGCUUCCACAUCAUGCACCAAUAGAUUACUAACAAGCUCUAAAGGUUUCGUCCAAAUGUCCGAUUUCUUGGAUCGGUUCGGCGAAAAUGGUGAACUUUCUGCUGUUCGUCAAGGAACCAUCGUCGCCAUUCUCUGCGCCGGUACUCUUGUUGGUUGCCUUGGAUCCAGUUAUCUCUGCGAUACAAUCGGUCGUCGUUACACUAUCUCGAGUUCUGCAUUUUUCUAUAUCAUUGGUGUUAUUAUCGAAGUCACUUCCUCUACUCACUGGGUUCAAUUCGCUAUGGGAAGAUUCACUGCAGGUUUGGGUAUUGGUGCUUUGAGUACUAGUGUUCCUAUGUACCAAUCUGAGUCUGUUCCAAAGAACAUCCGUGGUGCCGUGGUUUCCAGUUAUCAGUUGUUGAUUACUCUUGGUAUCUGGACUGCUUAUAUGGUAAGCAACCUCCUAUCCAAUGGGUCCCUGAAACAAUUCACUAACAUAUAAAAUAGAUCAACUACGGAACUCACUCUGCCUACACCAACAGUGCACAGUGGCGUAUUCCUAACGGUCUCUCAGCACUCUGGGCCAUCAUCCUUGGUACCGCCGUCCUCUUCAUGCCCGAAUCCCCUCGUUUUGCAUACCGUGUCGGACGUGAAGACGAAGCUCGCAAAAACAUGGCUCUCCUCAACGGUGUCGACCCUUACUCCCCACUUAUCGAUUCCGAGAUCCAAGAAAUCGAACUUAAGCUCGCGGCCGAAAGAGAAGGUGGUGAUCAUCCCUGGUACGAAAUUUUUACUGGCCCUAGGAUGUUCUACCGAACACUUCUCGGAAUGGUUCUUCAAGCUGGUCAACAGUUGACUGGUGCCAAUUUCUUCUUCUACUAUGGUACUACCAUCUUCAAGUCUGGUGGUAUCUCCGAUUCUUAUGUUACCUCUAUCAUUCUCGGUACUGUCAACGUCGUCGCUACCAUUGGUGGUCUCUGGAUUGUUAAGAAUUGUGGUCGUAGAAAGGCUCUCAUGGUUGGUGCUGCCGAGAUGUUUGUUUGCAUGUUGAUCUACUCUUUCGUCGGACACUUCAAGAUCCAAGGACAAGCCAAUGCUCAAGCCCCUGGUGCCGUUUUGAUUUGUUUCACCUGUAUCUACAUUGUUGGGUUCGCUACUACUUGGGGACCUUUGGUUUGGGCUAUUGUUGGAGAAUUAUAUCCAGCACGUUACAGAGCUUCUUGCAUGGCCCUCGCCACCGCAUCGAACUGGCUCUUCAACUUCCUUAUCUCAUUCUUCACCACAUUUAUCACCAACGAUAUCGAUUACUACUAUGGUCUUGUCUUUGCCGGGUCCCUUUUCGCUCUCUUCUGGAUUGUAUACUUCUUCGUUAUCGAGACUAAGGAUCGCUCCCUUGAGGAAAUUGACACCAUGUACGUCCUCCACGUCAACCCGCGAACAUCCUCCACUUGGGACCCCAAGUCUCUCGGUGCCGAAGGUGUCAAAGGUGUUGAUACCGACAGAAUGUUCUUGACCACUGGAGGUAAAGAUAUUAAGAAGAGUGAGAUGGCUGGGCGACCAAUGUUGGAACAUGACGAGAGAAUGUUUCCCGAGACUGCUGCGGGAGCUGCUUCUCAGGAGCACAAACCUGAGAUUAUGAAUGCUUAAGCUUUUGCUUCAUUUUUGAUGGGCAUAUAUGAACGGAAGAUGCAUUUUAUGAGUGUAUGUCGUCACUACGAGCAAAAAGGGGAUGAAAUCAGUGGAUGAUAAAUAAAUGAAUGGAAUUACAUAAUGCAUGCAUAAAAUGGCGUUUGGGAAGCAGCAUCGUCUGCGGGUAUCAUGUAUGAUAAUGUUGUUGAACGAGUAUUUAUAUAGUUAAUCAGUGGGGGAAAAACAUGUUUAUGCAUAUACCAGUAAAUGAAAUUUUCAUGAAUCUCAUUCUUAAGUGAAAAAAAAUAAUUUAUUAUUUAUAAAUUCAAUUACUUUUAUUUUAAAUUAUUAUUCUUUUAGAUUUUUUUAUAUAUUAAAAAUCGUUUAUUUAUUAAUAACUUUAUAAUAGAAAAAUUUUGAAUCAAUUAAAAUUUAGAUUUUGAAUAAUUAAUUUGUAUAUAUAUAAAUAAUUUUUUAAUAAAAAUUAAUAAAAAUAUUAAUAGAUAUUUAUAUAAAUAAAGAUUUUUGGCUAAUAUUAAUUGUCGACUUGCCGACAUCAAAACCUUGCUAUACAUAUAGCGUACCGCAAUUUACCCGGUGGGUGAUGGAAAAUGACAAACUCGUUUAAGUGAGUCGCGAUCCUGACAAUUUGAUUGGUCUAAAAUACCCCGGUAAAUAAUCUAACAAAAAGCUUGGCAUAAGCUUUACAACCUCAGACAAAUCUGACUUAAAGCUUUUUGAAAUCAUUCAACUUAUUU